CAGUUUUGGCAGCACUGUUCACCUUAGGCAUUCACAUCAGUUUUGCGUUUUCAUAUCGGUGCACUAAAUAAAUUUAUUUAAUAAAAUGGUUCAAAAAAGCGUUAAUCCCGUAAGCAUACUCAAAAGUAUUUACCAAAAUGAAUUCCAGUGGUCCGUGUUGAAGAGUUUUGGGCUAUUCCUUUUAGGCGUACGCAUCGCAAAGGAAUUUGCAGGAGUGGAAAUAAUGCCAGCGAUAGCCCAACACUAGUAGAGUAAUGACAUUCAGUUUUCCAUACAAACUGUUCUUAUAAUUCCUUUGUAAUAGAGAGUGCUUGAAUGAAAACGUUUAUUUGGUUGAUUAACCGCACUAGUAUAAUGUUAUACUUUAUUAAUCAAUUGAUGUAUUUCAAAAUGUUAUAGUUUCAUUAAUAAAUAGGUCAAAUAAUA